GUUCAGAAGUCUGGAAAUAAUUACUGCUUGUUAUUUUUCUUUCUUUUCUUUCUUUAUUUCCUUCUUUUGUCUUUUUAAAUUUUCUUGUUUCGUUAUAAAAGGACGAAAAUGCGUCUCUCAUCAUCUCUAUCCAUUCUCUCCCUUCUGCUGUUUGCCUCAUUCUCCAAUGCAUCGAGCCAAGAACCAUCUGUACACAGCGGAAAAGCCUCAGACAAUGACAUAAUAUGUCAUCCCUCACCUGAAGGGGCUGUACCAACAUGCUACCCUCGCGUCUUCCAACCGACAGAAGACUUUCAGACCAUACACGACGAUCAACAUAUCCCAGCAGGAAUACAUCUGCGGAUGAAUCUAGAGACGGGAAAAAAGGAAGGACGCAUCAAUACCGACAUGGAUGCUGAUCCUUCAAGUGACCAAGACGGGGUCGUUCGAAUGACGUUGGACGAAAGCACAAACAACCGCGCCGUCGCAGUCAUUGCAAACGAGGACGAUGAUUACGAAUCCGGAAUCGGUUCUGGAGCCGAACAAAUCCAGCCUGUUCUUGGCCAAGUGCACAAGGACGAGCAGCACAAAUCCAUGCUUGAAAAGUCUGGAAAGAAACCCCCGUCAUACUCUAACGACGGCAAGAUCAAGCCAGCCCCUCCGGAAUCAGAGGAACACGACAUCUUCAAUGUCGCUGUGGAAACCGUCCUUGGCGAGACCAAGACGGUAGAGUCUUCUCUUCCUCUCUCUUCCUCAUCCUCUUCCCCGUCAUCUUCUUCGUCUGCUUAUAGCGAUGACCACCUAAUCCCCGAAGGAGAAAACAUCAUGUCAGCACUCGAUCAACUCGAGGAACUAGCGCACUCGAUAUACUGGGGCCACCGACUCCUUUCGUCUCAAGACACUGUGUUUUCUCUUCUCACACUCAUGCAGAGCAGCCCAGACGCAAACAUCCGCGCCAAUGCCGCCCUUGUUCUUGGGUCUGCAGUGCAAAAUAAUCCUGCUGGUCUCACCGCGCUUGUAAACCAUUUUGGAAAUGUGUCCCACGAGUCAUCUUCUACAUCUUCGUCGGGCUCCUCAUACUCGUCGUACACGUCGACUUCUUCGAACCCUACAGUGCAGCUGCUCUCUUUCCUCCUCGACGCCUUGUCCGCUGAAAAAGACACCAAAGUUGCUGAAAAGAUUGUGUAUUUCCUCUCCAGCCUGUCAAGAGGAUCUGGCGUUCUGGCAUCCUCUCCUUUCUUUUCUUCGUCUACUUCAUCCUCUUUCUCGUCAUCUUCUUCUUCGCCCUCUUCAGAUGCUUCGGAUUCUUCAGAUUCCUCAUUCUCUGAGUCAUCAUUCUCCUCCUCCUCCGAGUCUUCCUCCUCCUACUCUUCUUCUUCCUCGUCUUCAGAUACCGAGGACCCGUCGCUCUCACCAGAAACCUUGUCCAUUCUCAACCGUCUCCUUCCCAUCUUCGACGCCGCUCAUACCCGCCCCGACGACGGUCGCGAGCGUCUACGCGGUCGUAUUUCCACAUUCGUCAAUGACGUCGUCGAAGCGCUGGUCGAAGCUCAACCUCGUCUCACCGAGCUCUCAGAGACGGCUGAGACCGCCGAGGCCGUCGACGACACCGAACCCGCAAUCCUCGUCCCGAGCAUCUCUUCUCCCGACGAGCAAGACAAAGUUCUCUACGAAUGGUGCCACGCACUCCAAACAGCAUAUACAUCUUACUUGUCUCCCUCCGAGUCCGAGCUCGAGUCCGAGUCCCAGCGUCACGAGGCCUCGGGAGCAGGGGAAGCGGCAGGCAAAAACGUAUUCAGAUUCAAGCAGAACGACGAGCGGACGACAAGUCUGCCCAUGGCCAGACUCACAGAGGGAAUUAAAGCGCUGAGAGGAUAUUGUCCUGUGGAUUUGCAUACAUUGUCAUAAAUUAGAUGGGCUUGGCGUUGUUAUUUAUUAUUAUUAAUUUUUAUUUUAUUUAUUUAAUUUUUUGUAUUUUUUAUCAUUUAUUUUUGUAGGUUUAUCAUCGUUUUUUUGGCAAUCGGCUUAUUUAUUUUAUCUACCUUGGUCAAUGGGAUAUACAUGACUUAACGCAUCUGGUUAUCUAUUCUUCUAGCCAUUGGAUGGUAUAACCAUCUAUUCACGACUCCUUGUGUUUGUAUUUCGUUUGAACUUUGGGGAGCUACCGACUCCGAGCUACAGGAAGGUG